GCGACCAGCGCAGGGUCCCGGCCCUGCCCGGCAGGGAGCGAGAGUCCGGGAGCGGGUGCAGGCGCAGGCGGGGGCCCCGCAGGGCCACCUCCUCACCCUGCGGCCGCCGCUGGAAGAUGUCUCAGGAGAGGCCCACGUUCUACCGGCAGGAGCUGAACAAGACAAUCUGGGAGGUGCCUGAGCGCUAUCAGAACCUGUCCCCGGUGGGCUCCGGUGCCUAUGGCUCGGUAUGUGCUGCUUUUGACACAAAAACUGGGUUACGUGUGGCAGUGAAGAAGCUCUCCAGACCAUUUCAGUCCAUUAUUCAUGCCAAAAGGACCUACAGAGAACUGCGGUUACUUAAACAUAUGAAACAUGAAAAUGUGAUUGGUCUGUUGGAUGUAUUUACACCUGCAAGGUCUCUGGAGGAAUUCAAUGAUGUGUAUCUGGUGACCCAUCUUAUGGGGGCAGAUCUGAACAACAUUGUAAAAUGUCAGAAGCUUACGGAUGACCACGUACAAUUCCUUAUCUACCAAAUUCUCCGAGGCCUAAAGUAUAUACAUUCAGCUGACAUAAUUCACAGGGACCUAAAGCCUAGUAAUCUAGCUGUGAACGAAGACUGUGAGCUGAAGAUCCUGGAUUUUGGACUGGCUCGGCACACAGACGACGAAAUGACAGGCUAUGUGGCCACCAGGUGGUACAGGGCUCCCGAGAUCAUGCUGAACUGGAUGCAUUACAACCAGACAGUUGAUAUUUGGUCAGUGGGAUGCAUAAUGGCCGAGCUGUUGACUGGAAGAACGUUGUUUCCUGGUACAGACCAUAUUAACCAGCUUCAGCAGAUUAUGCGUCUGACGGGGACACCCCCUGCUUAUCUCAUUAACAGGAUGCCAAGUCAUGAGGCAAGAAACUACAUUCAGUCUUUGACCCAGAUGCCGAAGAUGAACUUUGCAAAUGUAUUUAUUGGUGCCAAUCCCCUGGCUGUCGACUUGCUGGAGAAGAUGCUUGUGUUGGACUCAGAUAAGAGAAUCACAGCAGCCCAAGCCCUCGCGCAUGCUUACUUUGCUCAGUACCAUGACCCCGAUGAUGAGCCGGUGGCAGAUCCUUACGACCAGUCCUUCGAAAGCAGGGACCUCCUGAUAGAUGAGUGGAAAAGCCUGACCUACGAUGAAGUCAUCAGUUUUGUGCCACCACCCCUUGACCAAGAAGAGAUGGAGUCCUGAGAACCUGGUUCCUGUUCUGUUGAUCCCACUUCACUGUGAGAGGAAGGCCUUUUCAUGGGAACUCUCCAAAUAUCAUUCAAGUGCCUCUUGUUGCAAAGAUUUCCUCCAUGGUGGAAGGGGUGUGUAUGUCUAUGUGUGUGUGUGUGUGUGUGUGUGUGUUAGUGCGUGUGCAUGUGUGUGUUCUCUUUAUGGUAAGAGAAUAGGAGCAAACCAUGAUCACAGUGACUUUAUGUGGCAUUGAGAUUGCUCUGCGGUAGCCUGUGCCUUCUCUUCUUUGUGAGAGUUGGCGCAGGCAGACAAGAGCUCCCGUCUUAUCAGGGGUAUGUUCAAUGCGAAGUAAAAAUAUUCAACCUCCCAGAUCCCAGUCAUGCUUUUGUUGUUUCGGCCUCUCUUGUGGUCCCACCUGGACGUUGGGCAGACUUGACCGCAUCCCGCAGAGGCCCAGAGGGAAGGCUCGCACCUUCUGGCUACUUCAGAGCUGAAGCCGUCCCUCAGCAGCGUGUACAGCUACAACGGACCAGCUGGCUUCUGUGCACUCACCUGUGAUUAACUUGCUUAGUGUCAUCCUCAGAACGUGACAGCUGUAUCUGAAACUGUAAAUAUGUUUGUGCCUUAAAAGGAGAGAAAAAGGUGUGGAUCGUUAAGGGAGUACAGCAGGUAAUGUUCUGAGCCGGGCAAGUAGACAGCGUUGUCGGAUGGCCACUUGUGAACCCGUAAUGACCAGGGAGCCUCCGGAGGCAGUGUGUGUAUGAAUGAGCAUGCGUACAUGUGUAUCUGUUUCUCCCUCACCCCUAGGUGGUGUUGCCAUUUCUCUGCUUACCCCUCACCUUCGGCACAGAGGUUUCUUGAGUAUUGGCCCCAGUAGUCAGAAGCGGGUUCUUGCUGUCAGUGUAUUCCUGUGUGCUCUUUAUUCCUAGCGGAGUGAGGAUGUGUUUUGCAUGUCUUGCUAUCUGAGCAUGCACAGCUGCUCGUCCUGUUCUCCUCGGGAGGCCCUGGUGCCAGGCACGCUCACCAGUGAAGACUUGUUGGGUAGUUCAGACCCUGUGUCACCUCAGCUGAUGAAUGGGCAGGUGAUGUCACCCUCUCUUCAGCCCCCAGUGCUAUUUUGUGUUGAACACAACUGUUACUCCAGGUGCUUUUGAUGUGAAAACCGUAAAGAAAUGUAAUGGACGGAUGGAUAGCAUUUUAAUUCUUGCCAUCCUAGUUUUUAAUGAACUACUUGGGGGGAGCUGUCAUGGGAAAGAUCAGGGCUUUUCCCAGGAAUAUCCCAAACUUUGGAAAACAAGUUGUUCUCUUCACUCCCAAUAACCAGUGCAAAGGGAUGCUGAAAAUCAAAGUGAAAAUAAAAGCUCAUGAGGCCAGAAA